AUGGAGGGGUGGUUAAGCUUGUGUUUCAUAGCCGGAUCCACGCUACUGGCAAUUUGGUUUCUCGAGCUCUCCCGUCGCAGGAACAACCCCAAUAAGAAGCUGCCUCCAGGCCCAUGGACUCUCCCCAUCGUCGGCAGCCUCCUCCACGUCGUUGGCGCCUUCCCGCACCGCACCAUUGCAGAGCUGUCUCGCCGGCACGGGCCGCUGAUGCACCUCAGGCUAGGCGAAGUCGCCACCAUGGUGGUCUCUAGCGCCGAGGUGGCGGCGCUGGUCUUGAAGACCAACGACCUUACGUUCGCGGACCGGCCGCGCACCGUGACGCAGGACAUCUUCGGCAGCGGCGGCAAGGACAUCGCCUUCGCCCCCUACGGCGACGCGUGGCGCCAGAUGCGCAAGGUGUGCGUCAUGGAGAUCCUCGGCUCCAAGCAGGCGAGGCGCAUGGAGCGCGUCAGGACCGAGGAGAUCGGCAACCUCCUUCGCUCCAUCGUCAGCGCCUCGGCCGGCGGCGGCGCCGGCGCUACGGUUAACGUCAGCGAGAAGGUGGCGAUGCUUAGCAACGAUGUCGUUUCGCGGGCGGUUUUCGGCGGCAAGGUCGCGCAGCGGGACAAGUACAUCCGCGAGUUGGGCGAGGCCAUGGAGCUCGUCACCGGCUUCUGCCUCGUCGACAUCUUCCCCUCGUCGCGGCUGGUGCGGUGGCUUAGCAGCGUCGAGAGGCGAAUGAGGAGGAGCUACGGCCGUAUGCAGAGCAUCAUCGCUGACAUCCUCGACGAGCGCAAGGCCGCACGAGCUGCCGGCGAUGGCUCCUGCAGCACCGACGAUGAGGACCUGCUGGAAGUGCUGCUCAGGCUCCAAGCCGAGGACUCGUUGGAAUUCCCUCUAACCACAGAGAUUAUAGGCGCCGUCAUGUUUGACAUGUUUGCUGGUGGUACGGAUACCACCACAACCAUUUUGGAGUGGGCUAUGUCGGAACUCGUGAACAAUCCCGAAGCCAUGACUAAAGCACAACUAGAGGUCCGAGAGGUGCUUGGUGAAGACCGAGCUAUCAUUACCAAUUGUGACAUUGCUAAACUCCCCUACAUGAGGAUGGUCAUCAAGGAGGUUCUGAGGUUGCAUCCACCCAUUCCUCUAGUCCCCCGCAUGGCUAGAGAUGAUUGCAAUAUUAUGGGUUAUGACAUGCUUAAAGGCACCAAUGUAUUAGUUAAUGUCUUCGCAAUUUCCAGUCAAGAUAUUGGGAAAAGCCUGAAGAGUUUAAGCCCGAGAGAUUUGAGAACAACAAUAUGGAUUAUAAUGUGA